AUGACAAUGAUGAUGAUGGUGGGCUGGUCCAGUCAUGGCUGCAGCAUGCGCUUCCCCUUCAUCUCUCCCACAGAGGAGGCAGUGGAAAAAGCUCUUGAGAUGCCAGCUGAGGCCUCUGGGAAAGACGUGCCUGCUGCACCAGCGCCUGUGUUUGAGGACCCAGAGGAGAGAGCAGAUGUGGAGGAGGCCCAGGCUCCUGAGUUUCGCUUCUCGUUCUGUCCUGACGGCUGGUUCAAACAUGGAGCUCGCUGCUUCCGCUUUGUCAACAGCCCCAUGUCCUGGCACAAUGCAGAGGAGUAUUGUAACAGCCUGGGAGCCCAUCUUCCCUCAGCCAGCAACCCCAGCGAGUAUCGCUUCCUCCAGCAGCUCACGCAGACAGCAGGCCAGGCAAACGCAUGGCUGGGGGGCUUCUACCUGCAGACCCGGUGGAUGUGGAUUGACAGUCAGGGCUUCUAUUAUGCCAACUGGUACAGCCAGGUGUCUCCCACUUCCUGCCCCUGUCUCUACUUAAACCUAAACAGGGGAUGGAGUAAUGGUAACUGUGCCAGUAGUUUUCGGUUUAUCUGCACCAUAAGCCCAGGCAGCUGUUAG